AUAAUAAUAAUAAUUGUGUAUUUUCCAAAGGGACAAAGUCGCCGACGCCCUUGGAGACUUUGACUCUUUGAAACGAGUAGAUAUUGAGAAGAGAAGACACUUUAUACAACAAUUCUUUGUUCAUCUGGGGUUUUGAAGAGAUAUAGCUGUUUUGGCUUGAUUACUAGAGUUAUGUUUAGAUCUUCGAAUGGAAAUGAGAGAAGAACUCCACUUUGUCUUUCUAAUUGAGCUGAAUUUCAGGUAACUCAAGUCGACCCUAGUCUUUCCCAUUGAGCACUCUCUCUCUCUCUCUCUCUUUCUCUUCUUGAAACAUUUUCAGCUUUAGAUUUUCGAUUUUUUCCAUGUGGGUUUCUUAUUACGAGUGAAAUAGCAUCUGGGUUUUUAAGAUCUUGUCGAAAAAUCGGAAUUUUGUGUCUUCUCUUCUUCAAUUUACUAAAGCAAAAGGUUUGACCCGAGUUGGGUAUCUAGGAUAUAUCUUCUUUUGGAAAUUCAAUAAUUAUUUAGGAUUGUUUAAGCUUUAGCUGAGAGAUUGAAUUGAAGUACAAACACAGAAACUUUUUGGGGAAGGAGGAGAGGUUGAUUUGAUUCAAGUGAUUCCAUAAAAGAUUCAGAUUCUGGGUCUUUCCCAUUUCUUGGUUUUUUUCUCUACAAAUGAUGGGAGGGAAAUCUAGCAAACCGUCUAGUAGUGAUUCAGUACAACCACAACCACAACCACCACCACCACCACAAUCACAACCACAACCACCGACGAAGCCAUUGACUCCACUCGAAUUCAGUAAAAGUUCACAAUUUGAAAUCGAUCUUAGCUCGUACGCGACAGCAUGUAAACUCGACCCUAGUCUACAGCCAUUUGAUGCUGUUCUCCAGGAGCGAACUAACAGAGUCAUUGGCACCCUUGCCACCGGACUUGAGGUUAGGUCCUUGUCUUUCAACUCGCUCAGGGAGAUGACUGAUUGUUUGCUUGAGAUGAACCAGGAAGUGGUGAAAGUGAUAUUAGAGGAAAAAAAAGAUAUAUGGAACAAUCAAGAUAUGUUUUCUCUUGUGGAGCAAUACUUUGAUAACAGUAUCCAAACUUUGGAUUUCUGCACUGCUCUUGAGAAAUGUCUCAAGCGUGCAAUGGGGAACCAGCUUAUAAUUCGAGCUGCGGUUAGUAAGUUUGAGGAAGAAACAGAAUGUGGUUCUAGUGGAAGUAGUAGUAGCUUUGCCAAGACAUUACAAGAAUUGGGUCGGUUCAAGGCGGUCGGAGACCCUUUUACUGAAGAGUUCUUUGCUCUAUUUCAAUCUGUAUUUGGGCAGCAGUUGACAAUGUUGCAGAAGUUGCAGCACAGAAAGAAAAAGCUUGAUAAGAAACUGAAAUCUCUCAAGACUUGGAGAAAGAUAUCAAAUGUUAUUUUCGUGGCAACAUUUGUUUCUGUGCUGAUUUUCUCAGUGGUGGCUGCUGCCAUUGCUGCCCCGCCUGUUGUUACAGCCCUUCUUGGUGCAUUGGCUGUCCCAGUAGGCUCGGUUGGGAAAUGGUGUGACGUGCUUUGGAAUCGGUAUGGUAAUGCUGUUAAAGGACAGAGAGGACUAAUCAGCUCAAUGCAGGUUGGAACUUAUGUUACACUCAAGGAUUUGGAGAACAUUCGGGUGCUUGUUAACAGGUUGGAAAUUUUGAUUACAGAACUGAUGGGGUAUGCUGAAUUUGCUCUUACUCAAGAUGACGCCUUGAAGAUCGUUAUAGACGAGAUCAAGAAAAAGCUGGAUCUGUUUACUGAAACCACCGAGAGUUUAACUCAACAGAAUGAGAAGUGCAUUCGAGAAAUAACAAUGGCAAGGAAAGUGAUCAUACAGAGAAUAAUUAGGGAUCCAUCAAGUUAAAUGGCCAGAGCUUCUCUGGUUCCUGUUUUUUUGCAAAUUAUACAUUUUUAAGGUAAAAAUUUCGCCUUUGUUCUUGGGUCAAAAACUUGUUUGAUCUUUCAUUUAGGUGAAAAUUGUAUCAUCAUUGUUGUUGUUUAUCAGGAUUAUACUUUGUGUAUUGAAUAUCAGAAAGUUUUUAUGUAGAAAAAUACCCAUUUUCUCUGAUUUAA